AUGUUCACCUACCGCCUGAAACUGAUGAUCCUGCUGGGCCAACUGCUGCUGGGCAUCCAGAGCUAUCCCCUGGGCGAUGAUAGCUCCUCCUCCUCCAGUGUGGUCCACUCGGCUGGUCUGCUGGGUCACUAUGCCGGCGGUUUGACUGGCGGCGAGGCAUUGUCCAAGCUGGAUUUCAGCUCAUCCUCCCAUGAAUUCGGCACCACCGGGCAUGAGGAUCAUCUGGGCUCCCUGGGUGACCAUUUGGGCGAGGAGAGCUUCCCCGCCGACUAUGGCAGCAGUGAUGCUGGCGAGGAGUACGCGGAGGCCAGUGAGGUGCACUCCCACUACGAGGAUCAGAAGGCCGUGCCCGGCAUCGAUCAUGGCAAGGGUGCCUUUAGCUAUAGCACCCUGUACGAGUUCAAGGAUCGCGAUGAGCACGAACUCCAUCACCUCCAGCACCAGGCCCUCGAGGAGCAGGUGGAGCACCAGGCGGAGCACGACCACCAACUGGACCACCACCAGCUGGAGCAUCUCUACUAA